CGGGCCGCUGCCGUGAGCCCGCAGCGCGGAGGCCAUGGCCAAGCAGUACGACAUGGUGGAGUGUCCCUUCUGCGACGAGGUCUCCAAGUACGAGAAGCUCGCCAAAAUCGGCCAGGGCACCUUCGGGGAAGUUUUCAAAGCCAAACAUCGACAGACAGGCAAGAAGGUAGCGCUGAAGAAAGUGUUGAUGGAAAAUGAGAAGGAGGGGUUCCCCAUCACAGCCUUGCGAGAGAUUAAAAUCCUCCAGCUGCUCAAACAUGAGAACGUGGUGAACCUCAUCGAAAUCUGCAGGACCAAAGCCUCUCCCUACAACCGCUGCAAGGGCAGCAUCUACCUUGUGUUUGACUUCUGCGAGCAUGACCUGGCCGGCCUCCUCAGCAACGCCCACGUCAAGUUCACGCUCUCAGAGAUCAAGAAAGUGAUGCAGAUGCUAUUGAAUGGACUUUACUACAUCCACAGGAACAAGAUCUUGCAUCGAGACAUGAAAGCUGCCAAUGUGCUGAUCACGCGGGAUGGAGUCCUGAAGCUGGCAGACUUUGGGCUGGCCCGAGCUUUCAGCCUGGCUAAGAACAGCCAGCCCAACCGCUACACCAACCGUGUGGUCACGCUGUGGUACCGCCCGCCCGAGCUGCUCCUAGGAGAGCGGGACUACGGUCCCCCCAUUGACCUCUGGGGCGCAGGCUGCAUCAUGGCAGAGAUGUGGACCCGCAGCCCCAUCAUGCAGGGGAACACAGAGCAGCACCAGCUCACCCUCAUCAGCCAGCUCUGCGGAUCCAUCACGCCAGAGGUCUGGCCAAACGUGGAUAAGUACGAGCUGUACCAGAAGCUGGAUCUGCCCAAGGGCCAGAAGCGCAAGGUGAAGGAUCGCCUGAAAGCCUACGUCAAAGACCCCUACGCCCUGGACCUCAUCGACAAGCUGCUGGUGCUGGAUCCUGCCCAGCGCAUCGACAGCGACGACGCGCUCAACCACGACUUCUUCUGGUCAGACCCCAUGCCCUCAGACCUCAAGAACAUGCUGUCCACCCACAACCAGUCCAUGUUCGAGUACCUGGCGCCACCACGCAGGAGGGGAGGGCACAUGCCGCAGCAGCCAGCAAACCAGGGCAGGAACCCCACUGCCACCAACCAGACUGAAUUCGACAGGGUCUUCUGAACUGGGGCUUCCCCAGCGGGGUCCCAGCUGGGCUGUGCUACAGGUUGCUUUAGACAGGGAUGUCCUGGUGGGGUCUUUCUAUCUGGGAAGGGACUUUCUUCAAGGCAAAGUGUCUGCUGGCUUUAACUGAGCUGUGCUGUCUCCUCUCCUCGUGCAGCAGCUCAGCCAGCACGGAGCUGGGGGACGGGAGAGGGUUGUUUCCUCGUGUCCCUGCAGCAGCAGUCUCUUGGUUACGUUCAUAAUCAUGCAGAUUGAUCAUGAUGGACCCGAUGAUGGAGAAAGUGGCUCUGUCAGUGAUUGGGGCUCUCAGCGAACGGGGUUGUGACCAGCAGGACUGGGAGGAGCUGCCCUGGACCAAACUGGGCCCUGCUGGGAGGUGUCUCGGUUCUCUUGGUUGGCCAUAGCUGCUGCAUGAUCCUCUGAACACUGAAGCAUUGCUGUAGGACAAGGCAUGUGCUCCAGAAGGGAGGGCAGAGUCACUAGAUUGCAUGACUGUCACUGGAGUUUGGGCUCUGGUCUGGGAAGGGACUCAGAGGGCAAACGGGGGUGGCUGGCACAGAAGGUUGAUCUGUAUAGCCAGGAUCGACAGUGGGAAUCGGCCUGUGUGACAGCACAUGGCAUCCACGCUGGCUUCCUUGUCAGAAACAGCCAGCCUGCUGCUUUCCUUCCCCGAGAUGGAUGGGGAACUGUGAGUGCUGGUCUCGGGGCUGAGCCUGGAUUUUGGUGCUGGGAGCAGAGGGACUCGAAACACUCCCACAUCUGUUCCUGUCAUGGAGCUCAUUGCAAGCAUGUUGAGCAAGAUGCAGCCAGCAGUGGGGUCACUGCCAUGGUGCACACACCCCUUCUGCCAUGGACUGAGAGGCUUGUCCUGAGCCAGCACUCCUUCCCAGCUGAAUGCUUUGUCUUCCAUGGCUGGCGGCUGCAGCCGGCGCCUCCUUGCUGAGCCCCACGCAUCCCCAGGCUUGCAACAACUGAUGUGCAGACAGUGAUAACCUUUGGCAGUUGCUGAGUUGUCCGUUAACUAAACUAAUGGCAAAAGCCACGUCAGGAGCGUGAGGUCUGAGGGAGGCUGCGGUGCUGAGCAGGGCCGUUCUCAGACAGAAGGGAUGGUAAAGGACACGUACAAGGUAAAUCAUAGAAUCAUAGACUGUGUCUCGGUGUGGGGCUCUGAGUAAGUGCCUGGAUGGGGGGAACUUGGUCUCUUUGGAAAAAAAAUGAAGUUGGUUGUAAGCAAUAAGCCAGAUAACUUUUGAUAGUUGUGAAUAAACACGAUCCUGCCCUAAAUGGA